CUCCUUUUUCCCCCUCCCUUCACGCUCAAUCGCUCUCUCCGUACGUCGUUCCAUCGCGCAAUCCUUCCUGGGGGUUGUAGUUUUCCCGAUCAGCGGACUACACGUCCCAUGGGCCCGCGCGGUCGCCGGCUAGUUCCGGACAACGCCUGGUGUGUGGUAACGACAGUGGCAGCGGCGGCGGAGAGGGGGACGCUUCCUUUUCGGAGGGCACUUCCGGCAGCGGCGACGGCGGAGGAUCCCGCUCGGGAGCCCCGAAGGCUUCCAGGGGCGGGUGGGCAGGGAGGGGGAAGGUUUAUAUUUUUUUAAAUGCUCUAAACUCUGUGGCACAAGGAGGAAAAAGAAGCCCUUCGGUGAAUGAGGAAUCCUUUGCUUUGAUAGCCUUUUUCCUCGAGAGUGGGCCUUUGAAUGAGGAUGACAAUGGAAGAGCUGAAGAAUGAAGCAGAGACCACUUCUAUGGUUUCCAUGCCCCUCUAUGCCAUUAUGUAUCCUGUCUUUAAUGAGCUAGAACGAGUAAAUUUAUCUGCAGCUCAGACGUUGAGAGCAGCUUUUAUUAAGGCUGAAAAGGAAAAUCCAGGUCUCACGCAAGACAUCAUCAUAAAAAUAUUGGAGAAAAAAAGUGUUGAAGUUAAUUUUACUGAGUCUCUUUUGCGCAUGGCAGCUGAUGAUGUAGAAGAAUAUAUGAUUGAAAGGCCAGAACCAGAAUUCCAAGAUCUAAAUGAAAAGGCACGAGCACUUAAACAGAUCCUCAGUAAGAUUCCAGACGAAAUCAAUGACAGAGUGAGGUUUCUUCAGACAAUCAAGGACAUUGCCAGUGCAAUAAAGGAACUUCUUGACACAGUAAAUAACGUCUUCAAGAAAUAUCAAUACCAGAACCGGAGGGCACUUGAGCACCAAAAGAAAGAAUUUGUAAAAUACUCCAAAAGUUUCAGCGACACUUUGAAAACCUAUUUUAAAGAUGGAAAGGCAAUAAAUGUGUUCAUAAGUGCCAACCGACUAAUUCAUCAAACCAACUUGAUACUCCAGACCUUCAAAACUGUGGCCUGAAAAAAACAAAACAAAAAAACUGUAUAUGUCAAGAGCUGUACUUUUCAAUGGUGGAUAGGAUACCUUUAUAUGUAAACUUUAAAGUUUUGACUGUAUAAAUUAUCAGUCCCUGUUGGAGGGACAUAAUGCAGGAUUUUGAAUGGGAUUUAUUGCCAUCUUACACCAUAUUUUUGUAAAAACAUUGUAGCUUAAUCAUAAUCUCACGAUGAAGAUUUUGCAUCACUUUUUUGCUAUUAUCAUUCUUUUCAGAAUUAUAAGCCAAAAGAAUUUACGCCUUAAUGUGUCAUUAUGUAACAUUCCUUAUAAGAAUUGUAAAUAUUUGGUGUUCUGUUUCUGACAUUUUAACUUGAAAGCGAAAAACUGCAAGAUUAUGUAUUUAAUAAUAUUGGUGGCAAAUAUUCAAUAAAUAGUUUACAUCUGUUA